CCAUCUUCUUCCUUUUAUCACAUCAGUUUUGAUGUUGAAGUGGUUUGACAAGAAGCUGAGGAAAAUCCGGGAGUAUCUCAAUGAGCAUCCCGGUCUCGUUGCAGUGGUAGCGAGCGCUUCAAUUCUCAUUGUUCUUUUGUGCUUUCUCCUAUGGACAACGGACGUCCAACCAUCAAAUUCAUCGAUGGAUUUGAUCCAAAUCGUUACUGCAGUAAUAGUAUCUGCAUAUACUUUUGUUGUCGUCUGUGUGAUAACCUUCGUACGGAAAGAUCACGUUCCCGGAAGACGGAAAUUCCCGUACGCUUUUACUCUAUUGAAGUCCGUUCUACAGAUCAUCGUGCUGCUAAGUUUCACAUGUCUUGACAGCUACAUGAAAGAACAAAGCCGUCUUCUCAUCGUCUCCGCAGUUAUGGCAAUGCACAUCCAUUUGGUCUCAAUGUUUUUUGCCUUCCACCUCGGCGAGGAUUGCGACGUGGUAACUGCCUUUUUCUCUGCUUCUUUUACACUCGUCUACGAAUUGGCAAAAGGAUGUUGGGUAUCUGUUUUGUGCCUCGCCAUUGUGGCCAUUCUACUCAUGUGGAUCAAGAACGUGUUAUUCCUAAAUCCACCGCCGAAUCCCGAAGGCAGAGACGUUGAAGUCAGUGAAGUUGAAGAAGUCUAAGUAACGUAGUUACAGAAGAUUUGUCGGAUCAG